ACAGUUCUUUCCCAGUUCUUUUGCUUUUUGCUGCCUUUCUAUGAGCUCCUGUCCUGUUUAGAGCUGGGCCUUUUUCCUUUUUAUUUGUAGUGUGCAUGGUUCUUAGGAUAUUAGAAAAAACAUGCUGAAGAUUCACUGUGAGGCAUGGCUAUUUUUGUUAGAAGCUGAUACUUUAGACUAAGCUUUAAGUGUUGCCUCUGGAAGGCCUUAGGUUGCUCUCGGAGGGCAGGAGUCUGCAGAGGAAACAGAAAGUUCAGAGGUGCACAAAAGAAGAAGGAACAGAAUUAGAAAAAGCAGAGGACCUCCCUCCUCCUCAAUCUGCAGCUCCUGCAAGAGCCAGAAACCCAGAAGUAUUAUCUAAGCUGCCACAGUAGAUCUUGACCUUUUUAACAGAGUAUCUCUUACCAUCAUCAUCAUGGCCGAGAUUACAGCAGAAGGACAUACGUCUACAACCACGACAAUAAUAGAUGGUAAGAACGGAUCAGUUCCCUCAUCAUCCAUGAAAGCGGGCAAGAAAUCAGUUAAAGAAGACCUCGUGACAACGUUCAGCUCACCAGCAGCAUGGCUUCUUGUUGUUGCUCUGAUUGUUACCUGGUCAGCAGUAGCUAUUGUAAUGUUUGACUUGGUGGAUUACAAAGCCUUUGCAGGAAGAUCUGUUAACAAGCUCAGCACAGAACCACUGAGAAUCAUUCAUGAGACAUUGGAAGAAUCCACUGAUUGGCUUUAUGGCUUUAUUUCUUUACUGUCUGACAUCGUAUGGAGUGAUGAUGAUGACAGUGAUGAAGGUGAAGUGGAAUCACCCCUGAAAAAAGAAAUUCAUAAAGAGAAACCAGAAAGACAUGAAAAAAGAACACCACCGAAGGUAAUUCACAGAGACAAACCUGAAAAACAAGAAAAAAUUGAGAGGAAGGAACCCCUAAGAGUGACACAUAAAGAGAAACCAGAAAGACAAGAAAAACCUGAAAAAAAGGAAAGACGUGCAGCUAUUCACAAAGAAAAACCUGAAAAGCCAGAAAAACAUGAAAAGAAAGCACCUUCUAAAGUAAUUCAAAAAGACAAACGUGAAAGACAUGAAAAAGCUGAAAAGAAACCUCCUCCCAAAGAGGAGAAGAAAGUAAAGAGCACUAAAGUGGAAGCAAAAGUUAAAAAGGAAGUGAAAGACGGAAAAGGAGAAGCAAAGACGAUUGAGAAGGUCAAGCAGACAGAGAGUAAAACAGAAGUUGGGCUAAUAAAGACCAAACCAAAAGUUAAGGAGGAGAAAGCUCUUCAGACUGUAACUAAAACGGAAAAGAAAGAUCAAUAUGCAUUCUGUCGCUAUGUGAUUGACAUGUUUGCGCAAGGGGAUUUUUAUCCAGGACAUAAGGAAAUGGUACCACCUCGUCUUCUUCUAGAACAUAGUCCAAGAAAGAAACCAGCAGCUAUUGAAGGCAAAAAGGAGGAAAAGAAAAAGGCUGAUGUAAAGAAGGCUACAGCUGAAACUAAGAAGAAAGAAAAAGAAGGAAAAAAAGAGAAAGCUCAUGAGAAGACAGCUGUCCCUGAAAUUAAAAAAGCAGAUAAAAAAGAAGCUGCUGUGUCCAAAGAACUCAAAAAGCCAGCAAAAGCUCCUGCAGCCAAACCAGCCACCAAGAAAGCAGCAGCACCAGAACCACACAAGAAAGAAAAAAUGAUGGACACUGCCAAAACAGCAAAGAAAGAAGUAAAAGUACAUGCACCUGUGGAAACUCUGAAGUCAAAAGCAGUACCUGAAAAGAAGGAAGGAAAAGCAAUGAAGGCAGCAGAGCAAGAUAAACCAAAGACGAAACAAGGAAAUCCUGGAAAAGAGAAAGAAAUGAAAUCUCCAGCUGCUAUAAAAGAUAAAGACCAUGCUAAAGAAAAGGAAGGAAAGAAUCCUACAGCUUUAAAAGAUAAAGAUUCUCUGAAAGGAAAAAAUCCCAAGAAUCCAGAGGGGUCAAAGGAAAAAGAGACUGGUAAAAGAAAAGAUGUGAAGUCUCCAGCAGCCUUAAAGGAAAAGGACUCUUCAAAAGGAAAAGAAAUGAGGACUUCAACUACGACUAAGGAAAAAGCUGCGGUGAAAAAGGAGGGGGAAAAGAAAGCUACCUCAGAGAAACCUCACGAACACAAGCAUGAACGUGUUAAACAUGAAAAAGGUAUCUCUCAGACUAAGCCAGAGGAGAAAAUUAAACAACACAAGAAAACUCUCGCUGAGAAGUCAGUCCAGGCAAAGCCAGCAAAGCAUGAAGCAGUCAGACGAAAAGAUGUUCCACCGACCAAACCAAUCAAACAGAAAAACACUGCAAAGCCAACAGGUGAAAUCCCAACAGCAGCCUUGAAAAAAACAAAGACAGCUAAGGAAAAAGAAGAAAAAACAACUGAGAAGAAACAUCUGAAAGAUGAAAAAACCAAAGGAGUCCCGCCAGUAAAAGAAGCUCCACGACAUCACAACCUGACAACAGCUCCUGUCCGCUACUUUCAGUGUGUCUUCCUAAAUGGACCUAAUGGAUUUGGACUGCAGUUUCCCACUAAUCCCCCUUCAAACAAGGAAGAAAAGACUCACUCAAAGACUUCCAAGAGAAAGACAAGAAAACCAGGGCAGUAGAGAGACUGAGUCCUGUGAUCGCUCACAUUUUGCACUUUAUCUUUUCUGCUGAGGUCCACAGUAGUUACAGUGGUACUUGUCAUUGCAAGAAUGUGAUCCACUUGGACACGUGUACCUGGAAAAAGUUUCCAAGGGGCAGAGGCAAAACAAGCAGUAAUGAACUGUGUUUGACAAAGGUAGAAAUGUAAAAGUGCCCCGUUUCUCAUGGAAAGGCUGCAAUGCUAACAAAGCGUUGACCCGAUUGUGUAUGUGAGUGUGUGUGUGUGUGUGUGUGUGUUUCCCUGCCUCUUUUGCUCUUCUUGUUUUUCUUUACCUACCUGCUCAGCACUGAAGUGAGUCUGUUUUCCAUUUAAUCUUAUCUAGGGAGUGAAAUGUUGAAUGUAGCUCUUAUAUCAGCAAGAUUGCAAGGCUACCUGCAAUCCUAAAUCAUUUCUUCUUAACAUUCAAUCAAAUUGCUGACAGGAAAAAGCCUCACUAAGUCAUGAAAAUGUGCUCUGUGACUGGUGCUAUUUUUAUGUCUCAUUGACCAGUGUAGCCAGAAGCUCCCGCUUGCUCUGAGCUGCUCCAUAUACUAUCAGUACGUUGACUCCGCAAGUCAUGUUAAUGGUGAAUAUUUCUAUUUAACUUGAAGCAGUAAAAGCAUGGUUUGUUUGCCCUGCCUGUUGGUGAAAUGCAAGCUCUUCACUUUCUAAAGCCCAAAAUGAGAAGAGAAAGUGAAACAACACAGCAAAGUUGAGGAAAACCAGUGUUUUUCCAACAUGAAGGCCCCUAGAAACAAAUGAAAUAGUUUUAGUACUUCUACUUUUCUACUGUGGAUAAAUCAGAUUGCCCUGCAGCAAAGAUCAUGUAAAUGGAGAACAUACCAGCCAACCAUUUGCUGUUAGCAUAAGUCAGAUGAAAAGCUAUGAUGUGAGAUGCCACUCAUGAAACUAAAGCAACACAA